GGUGCAUUAUUCGAUUGACACUGUUGUCCUUGUAGACAGGCAACACACCCAGGAACCAUGUUUGCAAUUGUACCUUUGAUGCUAGUCAUUUACCUGACCGUAUCUAUACCCAGUGGCGGAGGAACCGAAGACACUCUGACGACCAGCGAAACACAAGAGCUUGGAAAAGUCAUUAACCUUGGAAAAACCAACUUACUGGAGGACUUUAAGGAAAAAGAAACAAGCAUUUUUGAGGCUUUUCCUUCAGAAUGCUUCAGAAAGGAAAAACUGAACUCCACGGGAAGUCAUUUUGAAUAUUAUGCAAGUACUAAGGCCUUCUAUUCAAAAUUGGCUACCCAAGCUGGAUUAGAUGCCUCAUUGCAGUCAGCUUAUUCUCUGAGCACUACGCUCAAUAGUGUUACACAGAGCACAAGUUCGAAAAAAUCGAAAGCGAGUGGAAUUUCCUUAAUCGUCGAGUCACUAACAGAAAAGAUCUAUCUAGACAAUGACUGUCUAAAUGACGAUAGCUUCAAGUUCAAGAAGAGAUUUAUAGAGAAACUGGUCGCAUUGCCUUUGACGAUUGAUGCACCCUGGUUGCGGAAUUCGUGGAAGCCAUAUCAUGAUUUCUUGGACACUUACGGUUCCCAUAUUGUUACUUCCGUUAAGCGUGGAGCAAGAAUUAAACAAAUGUCAUUUUCACAGAGCUCUGAAUCUUUCAGUGAAAGAGAAUUUCAGGUAAAAAGCUGCAUCUCGUUAGCGGGCCCCACAUCCGUUGGGAAGGUCGGUGUCUCUGCAUGCGCAAAUAUAAGUAAAAGUGAAUCAAAACAAGCCAGAGAAAUGAGCUCGACUGAUAAACUUUUCAUUAGAGGAGGAAGCAGGGAAACCCGUAGCAAGCUGUUACACGACAGAUCAAAGGAACUGAUUCAACAGCUUAUGAACGAAGCCGCAGACACACAUUCAUCUGUCCAGCACACCUUCAGAGCCGUUUGGAAAGUUCUACAAAGCCGGUUUCAUUCAGGAUCACCCAACUACCGCCGCGGCCUAAACCUGCAGUACUACUACCUUGGCUUCUUGAAUUAUGGUUGUCCAUACGUAAAAGGUGGCAAAGGAAAGAACAAAGUUCAAAUACAGAAAUUCGACUACACCGAGAAGUCCAACGAUAUGUAUCCAGAGUUCGAAUGUACUCUCGCUAAAGAGGGUUGUCACAGCGACGACGACUGCCAUUACAAACCAAUUUGGUGUUCCUGUCGAGGCCCAACAUGUGUGUUCUACAAGAAAGAGGAACAAAACACAGGUGUAACUAAGGAAACUGCAUACGCUAAUACUAAAGAUGACACGUCAUGGCAAGGUUGCGACUGGAAAUACGCUGGGUCGUAUUGUGCUUGCUAUAACAAAGAUCGUGAUUGGCGGAAAGUUGUGUGGUCCUUACCCAGCAAGGAUUACGUCGCACGUAAAUCGGUAGCUAACCAUGGCGCUCAUCACAAGGCAAAUGAUCCUGGUCAGGGCCAACCGAAAGGAAAAGAAGAACAACUGUAAUCUACCGCAUAUUAAUCAAGUGAUCGCAAAAAAUAUCAUAAAGUAGGUGCAGAGGAACCUCGAUAUAGCGAAGGGCCAAGGGACUGGCAAAAUAUGUUCACUAUAACGAGGUUUAGUUGUGUGGAGGUUAUUUUCCUAUAUUUUACUUUUACUGGAGCCAGGAAAAUCGUUUGUUAUACCGAGGACUUCCUUGUAUAGAGGUUCGUUAAAUCGAGGUUCCAUUGUAUUAGUUAAAACUAUGGCCAAGGGAUGAUCGAAAUCUAGAUCUAGAGAUUAAAACUGAAUAUCGACUAGACAGGUAAUUUCCAAACAGUGCUGGCCAAGUCUGUUGGCUAAAUUAAACUUACUUGCAUGCAUCAUAGAUGGAGUUCUACAGUUAAAAAUCAAAAGCUGACUACACAGGUUAUUACCAAUAUACAUUGAGAGCUGGCCAGGCUUGAUGAAACAUACUUGCAUGUAAAAUCAGAUUUCUGAUGUCAAAUUAAACAUUGCAUCAACGCGAGAGUUGUUUGAGUGAUAGAAGACCUAAAGGCCGCUAUUAUUCCCGGGCAGUAGGGAGCCGGAUGAUUCGUGCCGGGUAGAAAGAGGGUUAGCCGUGCAAUUAUCUCUGUAAUAGUUUGUCUUACCGGUCAGUCGGAUCUGUCUUAAGAUAAAGGGUGUCAUCAAAUCUAAUUCCACUUAGAAGAGUACAAACAAAAAGCCAUGUGGCCUUAUAGACGGGCCUGUCAACUUUCCAUUGCUGGCUUGGUGAGGUUGUCUUGAUUUCUCAGGGUCGCAUCAUCCCAGCUUUUUACGGCUGCUGAUCAACGGUCUGAACUUGGUUGUUCAGACAGCUGAGCAGAUCACACGAUUGAGAGAGCUGCUUUAUUGUGGUUUAAUCGACAUCGGUGUUGAACUUUUUAAAGACGAGAAAGAGAAACCUUAUUUCAAAGUUAGGUAAUCGCACUGUGGCAUAGAAGGGACAUCGUAGUCUUACUGCAACAAGUACCAACUUUCUAAAGUGCGUCAGUGACUUUUCUAAAUCGCGGCGGAAAAUUUUGAUAGCGCUGCAACAACUUCUAAACUAGUCGCGACUUUCUCACGUGGCUCUUGUGUUACCUCAGCUCUGUACGAAGAUACGACAAAUUGACGAAUAAACAGGAAUGACCACGAGUGCCCAUAAGUAAACAUGAGUGACCACGAGUAAAAAUAAAUCAAAAUAUGUUGCUGGCGUCAUCUAACAAACAUUGAUUUUUAUAAAAGAAUGGCUGGCGCCUUUGAUAUCAGAAGUAAGGUCUUCACUAUGUUUUCACUAUGUCAUCUGAUAACUUACGAGGAACUCCGAAAAUUUAUCGAUGACUUUCUAAAAUUUCUUUGCCCUGACACCCCAUAUGAGAAAUACAAUAAAUAGAUACUCCGAGUACCAAUGUUCUGAAAGUAAGCCAAAGUCUGCGUCAGGCUAGUGGCCACACUGCCCGAGCUUAUACAACAACAACAACAACAACAACAACAACAACAACAACAUACUUUAUACCGUUUCUGUGGAAUUAAGCGUCUGGGAGUAUUUCUACUCCCCCUUCCCCCCGCUGAAUGGGAUGUCAAUCCAUCCGGCAGCGUUACCCACCCAUUUGUAGAUUACAUCUGGAUGAGAUUUUGAGGUGUUUCUCAUUAGCUAGUCUCACAUCCCCAGGAGAGGUCGAUUUCAAAGUUGCAGACAUAAGUCUAAAUGAAAAAUCUACAGCAAGCAAAAUGAGCGCGAGUAAUAAAGUGUUCGUUUUAGGACGAAGCCUCUGUACCCUAAGCAAGCUGUUGGACAGAGACAAGAUCGGCCAAAGAAAUUCAAAAACUCUUGAAUGAAACCAAGGAGUCAGCCUCAUCUAUCUAACACACUUUUCUUGAGUUAUUUUAAAAAUUGUUUAGGAAACUGGAACACUCAACCAAGUUUGAGGUUUAAACCUGGUCUAUUUUUUGGCUUCUUGUAUUAUGGUUGCCCCUACGUUACACGCGGAGGAGUUCAAAUUCAGAAAUUGAACCACACUAAAAGUUCAACUCAAUUUGAGUGUACUAUUGCUACUCAAACAGGGUCAGUGUCACAGCGAAAACAAUUUCCGUGAUUACAAACAUAUUUGGUUUUCUUACUAUGGAGACUCCUGUGUUACCCACAAGUCUAUGAAGCUAGACAACGAUGGCCCAAAAACAACUGCGCAACAAUAUUAAGUUAAAGAUUGGGGAUGGGAUGGUUGCAAAUGGAGAGUCGCUGACCUUAUUGUGAUUUACAUAACAAAACUCGUAAUCGGCGGGUGCGUACGUGGCCUAUGCACAUAAGGGAUGCCGCGGCACAUAAAGCACUAACCCAUAGCGGUUACAAGCACUAACCCAUAGCGGUCAUCAUGAGGCAAAGGAUCCAGCUCUAGGAAACCAAAAGGAAACGAAGAACCACGCAUCUUCCACACAUAGUGUUAUUUUAAGUGACAACUGAAAUGAUGCACGUACAUACAUCGACUUGGCCGUUCGCUGAAAGUUUGGCAACUAUUUAAUAUAAACCAUGUCGAUCGCCUGUAAAUCGCAACCCGAUUUAUAUUGGUAGGCGAAC